AUGGCUCCUACGGCUGCCAGUAAUUUGCCGCUAACCUACACCCCUGAACCUGUCAGUUCUGCGAAGCGGAAGUCGCCAGCAGAGCGAUCCGAGUUCAUACGUGUCUACAAUGCGAUAUUAAACUAUACUCCUAGCCUGCGAGAAUUAAUCUCGGAGUUUCAGAGCGAGCCAGCAAGUCUGGGUGACCUCUGUGCACUUCUUGACGAGCACUCGCGAAAGGCACGCACACAGGACUGUGGAGACCUACGCUACUCCGGAGUAAGGUAUAUCACCCCCGACCCAGCGCGACAACCUAUCUUUCCUGUGAUUGACGGGAGGCAGCAGUCGAAGAGUGAGCGGGGCUUCCAGCACCAGCAAUGUUCCCGUCUUCUAGUUCCUCAACGUCACCUUGCUGACUUCGAUGCCGAUCCCGAAGGCUAUCUCAGGAAAAUAAUUGAGGGCAGGGUGAAGAUACGAGCGUCCAUGCUGCCGAGUUUUGUUUAUGAUGAGAAGAGCUACGACCCGCACAACAUUCUCAAAGGCCUGUUUCGAGGCUUCUUUCUGGUGCGCGUAUUCCGACACAUAUUCACGGGCCCUCGCACGGCACUCAAAGUCACUGACGGGCCCAUUGCCGGGAAGCCCUGGAAUGCGCAGAUCCUUGGAAUGCUUAGUGUAACAAAGUAUAAUAUUCUUCUCAUGAACAUAAAGGCUCGUCAGCUUUUGAACUCCCAGGAGGAAUGGUCGGUUGAAGAUGCACACUUCAACGCGGAACAUUUCUUCUACACGAUUUUGGCCAUCUUCGAUGACGCAGCCCACUCCACAUGGUACGAGGAAACCAUUGACUGGUGGAACAGGAGCCUCGGUACAAAUGCGAUCUUUUCAGGCAUCAAACGCAACGAGCUCGGCGUCCAGCUCCUCUCACGAAAACUCCACGCCCAAAUUUUUCGCAACAUCUCGUUUCCCGCGCCCAGUCCGACCUACGUGCGGAUUGCCCAGGAGCAUCUCCGUACUCACGGACUCGACCCAGCCCAGGGCUCAGUCCUCCCCGAUAUCUCGUUCACUCUUCCUCAGCUGCAGGGUCACACCCUCGACGAGCAUUUCUAUGCUAUCGGCUCGGCGGCGGCGCAACCCUGGCUUGGUCUCGCGAAGGACCUCGCGCGGGCAGAGCUUCCACCCAAACCUGACCACUGGAAUGUCCAGUCAGGCUGGACGCGAUACGUGCAUAUGCCCGGCGGCGGCAGCUACUUCGAGGCGGUUGCAACCCCUGAGGCCGACGGACGCGCAGAGAACAUGCUCGUGUUCGAUGUGGAAACGAUGCCCGCGUACAGCCCCUAUCCGGUCAUGGCGGUCGCCGCGUCGAAGAACUGCUGGUACUCAUGGAUAUCGCCUUGGCUGCUCGGCGAGACGGAGGAUGUUCGGCACCUGACCCCCAUUGGCGACUCGACGGUUCCUCGCGUCGUCGUCGGUCACAACGUCUCGUACGACCGUGGCAGGAUCCUGGAGGAGUACAACAUCCAGCCGACGCAGACGCGGUUCCUGGAUACCAUGGCGUUGCAUAUUGCUGUCAAGGGCAUUUCGUCGCACCAGCGCCCCGCAUGGAUCAAAUACCGUAAGUCGAAGGAGCAGGUGCAAGAGCAGAAGGAGGAGACCAUUGAUAUGGUACUCGAGCUCAUGCGCGAGGCCGACGAGGUCCGGCAGGCAGAGACGGACCAGGCGAAGAAGGCGGAGCUCGGGCGUCUCCUACACGAGAUGGAAGAGAGCUUACCGCAGCUGCAGGCAGAGGCGCUCGUGGAGCCGGAUGAGGAGGAGCUGUCGACGAAGCGUUGGGAGGAGCUCACGUCAGCCAACUCGCUCGCGGACGUCGCGAAGCUACACUGUGACAUCACGAUGGACAAGGAAGUGCGGAACGACUUCAUGAAGUGCACGCCCGCGGAAAUCCUGGAUGGUGUUCAGGAUUACCUGAACUACUGCUCAACGGAUGUCGGCGUCACACAUGCUGUGUUCUCCAAGACGCUGCCUGGAUUCCUCUCAGCAUGCCCGAGCCCAGUAUCCUUCGCAGGUAUUUUGACGAUGGGUUCGAGUCUAUUGACGGUCAACGAGGAGUGGGAUGCCUACCUAGAAAAUGCCGAACGGACCUACAAGGAACUGGAAGACAAGGUGAAGACCCGCCUGCACGAGCUCGCGCACAAGGCGAAGGAUAUGAUGGCAUCUGAGGAGUGGAAGUCGGACGUCUGGCUCAGCCAGCUAGACUGGACGCCGAAAGUGGCAGGCAAGUCGAGAGGAAUUGUCGCAUCCGAGAUCGCUGAGUGGGAUCAAGACGCAGGAGUGACCACUCCCUCUGCUCAUGUAACUGAGGCUGUUCCAGUCUGGUACCGCGAUUUCCUCAAGCUUGGACCUAUGAACAAGAGCACGACUAAGCGCACGACUGCGUUGUUGCUUAAGCCGUCCUUUGAUGGACACCCACUGCACUACAACACCUCCGUUGGGUGGCACUACCUGGUUGACGAUCAGGUCACACGCCUGCCUACGGCCAAGAAUACGAAAGUCCUGACUAUUCUAGGUACCAGCCAUGGUGUUCCACUCAUGAAAAGCGGCCAGUUGACGUUCAGCGAUCCUGAGCUUGCGAUGACCAUUUCGUCUGGUAGCGACUGUGCAAACAUCGCGGAGCGUGUCUCUGCGUUAGCUCAGAGCACUGUGAAAACGUCUGCCUCAGAGGUCGAGCAGGAUCCCUGGCUCCGGCAAUUGGACUGGAGAACUGUACAGCAUGCCACAGCCAACACGCUAACGGCUCCCAAGGUGACGCGGAAGCGAAAGCCAUCGGCAGAGAAGCCAGCCCCUAUCUACUGGCCCAAGUGGUACUGGGACUUGACCAGACCAAAAAAGGAUGCUCUCCCUGGUUCUAUGGACCUUACUGUCAGGAACCGAUUUUCACCUCUCCUUCUGCGACUGUCCUGGCAGGGUUGGCCGCUCUUUCACUCUCGAGAGCACGGAUGGACCUUCCGUGUGCCCGACAGCGCUGGUUUCGAGACGCGCGCAAAGCCGCUGGCGUUCAACGAUUCCGCCGACGCCACGCUACUCGCAUCCUUGCAAGAGGGCUUUGUUUUCUACAAGCUUCCUCACAAAGACGGAGAUAAGGCGAAUGUCGGCAGCCCGCUUGGAAAGACAUUCAUCAAGUACGCGCAAGACGGAACGCUGACUAGCCCUGGAGACGAGGCGAAGGAGGCGCUUGAUAUGAACGCGCAGUGCAGCUACUGGAUCAGUGCGCGUGACCGCGUCCUGAAGCAAAUGGUCGUCUGGCAGGAUGAGCGUGUCGACAUUGGUGUACCGCGUCCACACGACGCUCGACACCGAUGGGGCAUCAUCCUCCCCCAGGUCAUCACAAUGGGCACCGUCACGCGACGCGCGAUCGAGAAGACAUGGCUGACCGCGAGCAACGCGAAGGCGAAUCGCGUAGGCUCCGAGUUGAAGGCGAUGGUGCGCGCGCCAAAGGGUUACGCGAUCGUUGGUGCAGACGUCGACUCAGAAGAGCUCUGGAUCUCGAGCGUAAUGGGUGAUGCGCAGUUUGGACUGCAUGGCGCGACGGCGAUUGGGUGGAUGACACUCGAGGGCACCAAGGCCGCGGGGACAGACUUGCAUUCGAAGACCGCGAGCAUUCUAGGCAUUUCACGUGACCAGGCGAAGGUGUUCAACUAUUCACGGAUAUACGGCGCCGGUAUGCGGCAUGCUGUGCUGCUCUUGCUGCAGUCCAACGCUGGCAUGCUUCCAGAGCAAGCACAAAAGCUUGCGCAAGAUCUGUAUGCGUCGACCAAGGGGAAGAACACUCACCGCCCCGACCUCUUCGGGCGGAAGUUCUGGUAUGGAGGGACGGAGAGUUUUGUCUUCAACAAGCUUGAGGAGAUAGCCCUCUCUGAUCGUCCACAGACACCUGCGCUUGGUUGCGGGGUGACGUACGCACUAUCGAAGGAAUACCUCCCUGCUACCUUCGGCGCAGACUACAUGCCGUCGCGCAUCAAUUGGGUCGUCCAGUCGUCAGGCGUCGACUAUCUACACCUCCUCAUUGUCGCCAUGGAUCACCUCAUCAAAAAGUAUAAUAUCCACGCACGCUAUCUCAUCUCGGUCCACGACGAGCUACGCUAUCUCGUCAAGGAGGAAGACCGCUACAGAGCUGCGCUCGCACUGCAGAUCGCCAACCUGUGGACGCGUAGCCUAUUCGCGUUCAAGCUCGGCAUGGAUGACCUGCCACAGGGCGUUGCAUUCUUUUCCGCCGUCGACAUCGACAAAGUUCUACGCAAGGAGGUUGACAUGACGUGCGUCACGCCCUCGCAGCCGGUGCCCAUUCCGCCCGGCGAGAGCGUCGACAUCGGCACGGUGCUGGCGAAGACGAAUGGCGGGUCUCUUUGGCCGGACAGUUCGCCGAUGCUCGAGAGGGACGGUAUCGACUGCGGGGGCACCCUCGUGGGCUACCGCCAGCCCCACUGCCUGACACAUCGGGCGAGCAGCACCGCUUGGCUGCGCGCUCAGGCAACGUCCAGUAUCGCAGAAAUCAAUGGGCUCGCUGGAGAGCACGGCGCUGGCGCGAAGAAAAGUAAAGCUAAUGACUGGAACCGCCUGAGGAAGGUCAGAACCUUGGGUGAUGGGAAAGGGGUCGAUUGGAAUACUACUGUUGAGCAGUUGCUCAGGUCUCUCGACCUGCUAUCAUGAUUUACGUAAUUUGAGCGACUUGUAGAAAGAUUUAGGACAUUGUUACCUAAGUAUUAGAGAGUACAUUACUACCACGCCUUGAUCACGUCAAUGCAUAAUGACUAGUAGUUAUCGGUGAA